AUGGCUACGAAGAAAAUAAAUAAAUCUAAUAAAGGCGGUUCCGUUUGCGCGGUACCUACUUGCGUUAAUUAUUCUGGAAAAUUAAAACAUGAAGGGAGAACUGAUAUUUCAUUCCAUAGGUAAAUACUUUUUGUUCUUAGAGUAUUACUUUGUACAAAACUUGUUAUAAUAAUAAUAAUUAUAUUAUUACAGUCAAUCAAAGUUCACUAUGAUUAAUUUCAAAUAACCAAGCAAACACAAUGAAUUGAUUAAACUCUUUGAGUGUAUAUUAUGAAAUUAAUAUUUAUCAAUUUUUAUUAAUUAAAAAUAAUAUCAUAGUUUUAUAAUAUUAUUUCUAAUAUUAAAUGUUUAUUCACUUUUUUUGUUCAUAAUAAAUUGUGUAUAAAUCUGUUCCAAAGAUAUAAACAUUUAACUUAUUUAGUGUACACAGUACUCUAUUAGUUGUCUAUACUAUAUAUUAUAAUUAAUUUCAAUUUAUACCUUAAAUAAAUUACUUUAAAAGUAAUAAAAUUACAAUUACUUAUUAAUUUUGUGAAAUUUAAACUUUAACUGUAAUGUAAUUAAGUUACUUUGCAUCUGAAAUAAGAAACUAAUAUAUUAUUUUUUAAAUUGCUCUAUACUGGACCUAAUUCAUCUAAUUUCAUAGUUUAAAAUUAUGUCUUAUAUUUAGGUUUCCAAAGAACCUGGCUUAUCGAAAACAGUGGAUGUACAAAUGUAAACGUGCAGAUAAGUGGAAUCCUAGCUCAUCAUUUAUAUGUUCAGAUCAUUUUAACACUGAUGAUUUCAUUCGUAAUUUACAAGCUGAGCUUUUAGGCUACACUCCUAAAGGGCGGCGAUUAAAAUUUGAUGCUAUUCCAACCUUAAACUUGCCGGGUCAUUUUAUCAAAGUCUCUACGUCAACUGCAAAUCGUAAUAAAAGAAUGGAAACUAAAGCAGCUAAACAGGUCAUUACUUAUUUGUACAUCAUUUAAAAUUUGUAUUGUCUUUAUUGCCAGUUUUGUGUGGUAAUAUAAUGUACAUAACCUAGUGGCUACUCGUUACAUUAAAAAUCAUAUUUGUAGCAAUACAUCCGACUGUUUAUGUAAAUUAAAUUCAAAAAUUUAAAAUUGCCUAUUUAAUAAUUUUUGUUUACAUAUUAUAGGCUCAUGAUGAGAUUAUCACUUUGGCUCUUAAUGCAGAAAUACCUUCAGUUUUAAAUCAAUUACCAACUACAUCCAUAGAUGAGAACAUAGACUACAAAACUUUAUACUAUGAUAUAUUAAAAGAACAUAACAAAUUAAAAACCAAGUUUAGUUUACAAGAAAAAGAAUUGAUAUCAAUCAAAGAAACUUGUAAAAGUAAUAUAAGCAUUAAUGAAUCACUCCAGUAUCAAAUAAAACAAUUACAGAAAAGUGUUAAUGAUUCAAAUAUAACUUUAAAACAAAGGCAAAAGACUACAACUAAACAAAUAAAACAACUAUCCGAAAAAAAAAGUAGAACAAUAGAAAUUCAAGCCAAGAAGUAUCUUUCAACAAUAUUUUCCAAAAAUCAGCUGGACUUAAUGAUGAAAAAUAAAAAACAAGUAAAUUGGACCAGAAAUUAAAUUUCUAAAGCAUUUACCCUCAGUUACUUUAGCAAAUGUGCAUAUGUUUUUGUUAAGAAUGAACUGAAUUAUCUUUUACCUGGUAAAUAAUGAUUAUGUUUUAUACACUUUUUAAUUAUUAUACGUUUAUAUUAACAAUGUAUGUUUUAUGUAUUUUAGGAUUGUUUUCAUUACAGAGAUGGGCAAAAAGUAUAAAUUUUAGAAAUGGUGUUCUUGAAGACGUUCUUAAAAUAAUUAAAUUAAAUGGUGAAUCUAUGAAAAGUUAUGAAAAUUAUCAGUUUUAAUGUUUAAUGAUAUUAUUUAAAAUGUAUUAUCAUAACAAUUGAUUUUUAAUAUGAUAUAUAUUAAAUUUAAAUUACAGCUUCUUAACCCUAACAUGUUUUUUUUAGAAAAAAGUAUAUAUAUUAUUAUUUUGUGUAAGUUUUGAUGAUUAAGAUGUUUAUUUUAUUUGUAUUUUUUCCUGUUAAGUUAUUAUAUACUUAAGAAUAAUUAUAUUAUUUUGUUUUGUUUUGUUUUGAACAUCAUGUUCAAUAAGCAUGAAAAAAAUACAAUAAUUACAACACAAUUUAAAAGAUAGUACAUUCACAAAAAAACAAUGUUGAAUUAUUAGAUUGGCGGACCUAGGCAACCUAUUUAAGGGAUGAUUGUGGCCAUAGGAAGUAAAGUGACUGGGUGGUUAAUAUGAAGUUUUAUUUUGAGUGUUGUGUGAAAGACAAAUGAAACCUAGGAAAGGAUGUCUGGUGCAUCUAACAAAUUGUUGAAAAAAGUAUGAAGAAACUGAAAGUUAAUAUCAAUACAACAAGUUGACAAAGAGGGUAUUUCAAGAAUAUAGAUAAUAUAGGAUUAUUCAUUAUCAUUGCUUUCGCAGCAGAAACUGGUACAGCGAGUGAUCACAAGGUAUUAGAUAAGUAUUGACUCAAACUCAAUCCGCUAUAGAUUGUUGACAUUACAGAAUCCAGCAAGCCACCAAACCGAAGAAACCAAUAAAAGUGACUGCCAACAGGAUAACAUUUGAUUGCCAAAUAAAAUUUAUUUUAUAAUUAUUUUUGGUAAUUAUUUAUUUAUUGGCAGGUGUGAGGCUAUUUGAAAUCCUAUAUUAGUGCAUUACUAUGUAAGAUUUCCUUUCUAACUUAUCUUUAAAUUUUUAACUGAGCCCCUGAUACAAUUUUUCCAAUUUUAGCACUGCGUAUAAUCUGAAAACAUUUUGUUUUCUUUUUAAAAUUUAAUUAGACAAUCUGGAAGACUAAACAGUAAACUCAUUAUAAUCAUUGACGGCGCGCUAUUUUGUACGACGAUGACGUUACUAGACAAGAAACGGUACGGGAGGAUUGAGUUUGUUUACAUGACUGUGAGGCAAUCUUUAUAAUCUAUAAAUCUUGCAUAAUAUAUAUUAAACCAAGGUGGUGUUAAGUAUUAUUAAUAUGAAUAUUAAAUCAAACGUAUUAAUUAGUCCUUUAUUGAUAACGGUAAAAGUGGGAAUGAAGUUAAACAUUAAUACCCAUUGUCUACGAGACGAACCACGAUGGACAGAGUCCCUAACGAUCAUAUGAUAAUAUGAUAUGCUAGGAUUAUGUAAUACUUAAUAAUAUAUUAUUAUAAUUAAUCUAUAAUAUACGAUUCUAACAAGGUUGCAGACGAAGGAACCUAUUUUGCUGACUAAUGAGAUUUCCGAUAGCGUUGUUCUUCUCGCGCGUUUAAUCGCUGUCCGCAAAGCUGUUUUCGAGGAAAUUCUUUUAUCGUAUUUUAAUUAUUAUUGUGUCGAUCCGGCCGACAAGGAAUCCCUAAAUUGGGAUUAAUAAUAAUCGCUGCCUGAAUCGUAUUGUCAUUUCUAUACUCAUAUACCUGUUUGAAUCCGUGCCUGACUCAUCGCUCAAAAAAUCACCAGGGUCUGAUUAUCUUUACUUCACUUAUUCUCAAAUCAAUAUUUAAUCUUUUCAUUUCUAGUUUUAAAUUUUCAAAAAGCUAAGAUUCCUCUGGGCUUAUUUUAUCCCUGAACCCGGACAGCAUAUAUCUUAGUCCAUGGUAAUUAGUUACCUAAACUACUGUGACAAUCUUUCAUAUCAGAUUACCAAAUAGAUUAUGUAGCAUUUAAUUAAAUGAAACUAGAAAUUAGUCAAUUUCGUUUUCAACCCAAAAGCACAGGUACAAGACUAUAAAGGUAAUAUAGACAUAAUAAAAUAUAAGUAGAUAGGUAGGUAGAUAAGUUAAAGGAUGCAACUGUCAUUAAGUUGUAUAAUGUAUGGGGUACCUCAGUGGCGCCCAAACUAUACUUUGAGUGUAACAGUACAGCUUAGUAAACUGUCUUUACGUAAUUUCAUUAGUAAGACAGUAAGUACAACCCUAUAUUUUUUUUUAAUAACGAUUUAAGUGUUUUCGCUUAUUUAUAUACUAAAUAAUUUAGAAAAAAAAAAUAAUAAAAAAUUUGUAUGGGCAAUGCUGGGCAGGACAGCUAGUAUAUGUACAUUAAGUUUUUUUUUUCUAUGGACAACUUUUCUACUAGCAAUUUUGCUCCAAUUUAUAAUGAUAGCAAUUUUUCUAAAAGGAAAUUUCACUGGAGAGGUACUAUACAGAGGUCAUUUUUUAUUUUCUCCAGAGUUUUCCCAGCAAAUGUGAAAAACCCGAGAAAAACUUAGGAAAACCAGACAAAUUAGUACAACAUUAAACAAAUAUUAUUUAAGAAAAUAUAUAAAACCUAUUUAAUUAUUUGACUAUAAUAUGGCAUAUAAAUUGUUGACAAUAAACUAUAAAGCAUCAUUAUCAAGUAAACUCCACUCAGAAUUGUUUUUUUUUGUAAACAAUGGUUUAUCAUUACUUACAGGUAUACAUUAAAUUACCUAUAACUCUACAAUUCUAGGACGUCUAUUUUUAAUCUAAGUUUGAUGAAACACAAACUGUUUUUAAGAUAUUUAUUAAUUCACGGCAAAUUAUGAAGAACAAAACCAAUGUUUUAAUUACUUUCACUAUCAAGUUCGAAAUCUAAAUGAUUUUCAGUAUUAUUAUAAUAACUUGUGAUACCUAAAUGAAAAUGUUCCUAUUUUAAUUAACUUAUUGCAAUAUAGUUUACAUUAUAAUUUUACUGGUUAAUGUAGUUUUUUUCAUAAUGAUCAUAAAUUCUUUAAAGAAUAAAAUCACAGAGUUCAUAAAGUUGCACAACACCACAUACACUAUUAUUAUUUUACA